UGGAGAGAUAACAUCAGUCAGAUCUGCUCAGAGAAAACGAAUUUACAAAUUUAUUGGCUUAAAUAAGAAUAAAAGCAUAAUUGGUUGUUGUUGUGAUUUGAUAGUAUAUGAUCAAUAUGAAUUUGCACAUUUAAUUGAUGAAGUAAGUGGGCCACCUUUGAAAAAACUUCUCAAUAAGGAACGGUUUGAUCUUGGCAGAAAUAAUCACAAUGCGAAAGAUGAGAAAAGUCUAUGUGAAUUAGCUUUAGUCGCAGAAUUUGGUCCAAUUAUAAAUGAAUCAGAUUUGAAGAUUUUGGAAAAAAUGAUAGAAACAUCAGUGUUAGAUCACAUG